ACACUUCCAUCCUCUCUGGCGCAGAGGUCCUGGACAGACGUGCGAUGCUGCGGACUCAUUGAGAAAAAUCAGCGCAGCUGGAAUCAAAAUGAGUUCUUCUCCUGCUGAGCGGCUCUCCUCCUCCUUCUCCUCCUCCUCCUUCUCCUCAUAGCGCUGCAUUCUCUGCUCCAGAUCUGUUUUAUGUGACUCCAGCACACGAAGCAGGAUGACUACUACAUUAUCACUGGCGAUUUUGUGUGCGUUGGUGACAUCACUGAUGGCAUCCAAGACGGAGCGGGCCUUGAAUCUGGACUGUGACUCCGGCCAGUUCACCACAGGAGGGGAAUGCUGUGUCGAGUGUUCACCUGGGGAGGGGGUGGUGAAGGAGUGUGGCGCCACGCAGACGGUCUGCACGCAGUGUUUGGACAGCGAGACGUUCUCCGAGAACUACAGUCACACAGAAAAGUGCAUGCCGUGCACUCAGUGUACCGGCCUGAUGCGCAUGGAGACACCCUGCACUGACUCCAACGAUGCCAAAUGCGUCUGCAACUACAACUACUUUUACAACAAGAUGUCUCAACAAUGCGAGCUGUGCACCGUGUGCCCGGUGGGGCAAGGCGUGUACGCUCACUGCGAUCACGAUCACGACACGGUGUGCGAGGAGUGCGUGGACGAGACCUACUCUGUGCGGGAAAGCUCCCUCGACCCCUGCCUACCCUGCACCAUCUGCGACGAAGAGUUCGAGAUAGAGAUGGCGACGUGCACGCCCACCAGCGACUCUGUCUGCUAUAAUCCUAACCUCCCUACAUAUGACCCUCCCACCACUGAGCCACUUUCAUCUUCCGAUGAUUACCUCGCCCUUGAUGUGUCAGACAACCCGCUGCCGAGCGGAGAGACGACCACGUCCAGCGCCGGCUCUCCUCACUUCAUCGGCCAAGGCCUGAACGAAAACCUCAUCCCGAUCUACUGCUCUAUCCUGGCUGCAGUGGUGGUGGGCCUGGUGGCGUACAUUGUGUUUAAAAGAUGGAAUAGCUGCAAACAAAACAAACAGGCAGCUAAUAACCGGACGGCUACGAAUAACCAGAUGGUGACACCAGAAGGAGAGAAGCUGCACAGCGACAGCGGCAUCUCGGUGGACACGCAGAGUCUGCAGGAGCAGCAGCAGCAAGCGCAGGCCGAAGUCCAGCCCCAGCCUUCACGCUCACACACACAGGAACAGAUAGUGGUGAGUAUGGAUGGCAGCCCCGAGCCCGACUCGCCUCCACCUGAAGUCUGAGGAAAAGGAGGGAGGAGGGGAGACGUUAGGACUGAGGACAAAGAGAAAAGACUUGAGAACUGAACCACGG